UUGAAACAUUUCUAUGAUCUCAUGGAGAUUGAAAUGACUUAUGUCAGGCCUGUCACUGGAGUAGUUAAUAUUCAGUGAAUAAUAAUAUGUUCUUGAAAUGAUGAAGCUUGCCACAUCAAGCCACGGAUGGUUUGCUUGGAAAUGUAAGCAUUCUACGAAGAGUUAAUCAGGUUUAAACGACAUUGCUUAAGAGAGAAAUAGCUUCACUACUCUGGAAUAAUUUUCCAGAUUUCUUCAAAAUACUGAAUGAGAUCAUGAAAGUUGCCCAGAACUGGUUGGGAGAGGAUAGGAGAGAAGGGAUGGAGUGAAAAGUGGAAGGAAAAGUGAAUUAUGAUGGAAGAGAAGGUUUGCAGGAGGAAUUGCAGGAAAGCGUGGAGGAGCCACAAGGCAGGGAGUUAUAAGGGAAGAGAAGAAACUGUAAAGAAAAGCGAGGGAGGACAGUAAGGAAGAAGUUGAAUGUAUGAGGGAAGGGAAGGAUGAAUGGUGAAGGAAGAAAAGAGAUAACAAGGGAAGGGGCAUGUUCAAAGAAUUAAGGGGAGAUAGGUCAGAGGCAACGGAGAAAAGUCUGUGAGGGGGAAGUUGCUGGACAAUAAUGGAGUGAGGGAGUGUGGCGAUGGGAGAAGUGGGCAGCGAACAGUAAGGAGGAGUUUUGAAUAGAAAUGGUGAGGAAGGACAUUAGGUAAGGGGAGGUGCAGUGAAGAAAGGAGUGGAGGUCAGUGAUGGGGCAAAGGGGGAGAUAAAGAAAAAUAGUGAGGAUGAAAAGGUGGGUCAAUAAGGGAAAAAGAGGGGCAUGGUGGAAUGGAAUGAACAGUCAAGAGUGUAGACAAGGAAAUGAAGAGUGAGAAGAGGUUAGACGGUGAAAGAGAAUGAAAAGUCACAGACCACUAGUCAUACAUCAUGGAAUUAGGCCCUUUGGCCCAUCACAUCUGUGCAAUUAAACACUCAUCUACAUUAGUUUUGACAUAAUGCAAAACUUCAUUGUUGUAAUGUAACAUAGAUACAACAUCUACAUUACAGGAAUCCCAGAUUUUAUUCUCCCCAAAUUUCCACCAAAUUCCAUCCCCCACCCCCCAGAAGAUUCUACCAGUCACCUUGAGGCAACUUACAGUAGUCAAUUAACUCAUCAAUCUGCAUUCUGGGUGGGACAUGCAGGAAACUUGCACACUCAGAGAGAGAACAUGCAGACUCCACACAGACAACACCAGAAGUCAGGAGACACCCUAAUUCUCUGGGAGUUUGAGGCCGCAGACCUCCAGCUACAUUCCUGAGCAGCCCGUGUCUGUGAGAGAGGGGAAAGAGGGGCAGUAAAUGGGAGGAGCUGUUUGUGAGGGGGAGGAGGAGGAGUUCAGUGAGACACAGGGAGGAGAGUUCAGCAAGAGAAGGGGAGGAGGAGUAGGGAGGGGAAGAUCAGUGAGGUAAGGGGAGGUCAGUAGGGAAGGUGAGGAGAGGUAGGGAGGAAAGUGGAAGAUAUAUAGGGAGAAGCAGGGCUGUGAGGGGAAGUGAGGAGGGUAGGGAGGAAAGGGUCUGUGAGGAAAGUGGAGGAUAGAUAGGAAGGAGCAGGGCAGUGAGGGGAGGGUAGGGGUGUAGGGAGGGGAGGGACAGUGAGAGAAGGGAUGUGUGGUAGGGAGGAGAGUGUCAGUCAGCGAUUGGGACAACGGGUAGGGAGCAGUAGGUCAGUGAGAAAAGGGGUGGAGGAUAGAGAGGAGAGGGUCAGUGAAGGGAAGGGAGUAGGUAGGAGAGGGUCUAUGAGGGAAGGGGAGGCUGGUUAAAAGGAGAGUGUCAGUGAGGGAAUAGAGCAAUAUGUAGGAAGGAGAUGGUCAGUGAGGAAAGAGGCGGGCGGAAGGGUCAGUGAGGGAAUUAGAGUUGGGUGGGGAGGAGAGGGUCUGUGAAGGGAGGGGAGUAAUGAGGAGAGGCUCAGUGAGCGAAUGGGACAGGUAGGGAACAGUAGGUCAGUGAGAGUAGGGGAGGAGAGGAGUAGAGGGGUAAGAAGGAGGGUCAGUGAGAGAAUGGGAAGAGGAUAGAGAGGAGUGGGUCAGUAAGGGAAUUGAAGGAGAGGUAGAGAGGAGAGGCCAGUAAGGGAAUUGGAGGAGGGCAGGGAGGAGAAGGUCAGUGAGGAAGGAGUGGAGGAUAGAGAGGAGAGGGUCAGUGAGGGGAGGAUGGUAGAGAGGUGAGGCUCAUUGAGGGAAGUGGAGGAGGAAAGUGAGGAAGUGUUUAGUGAGCUAAGAGGCAGAAAGAUAGGGAGAGAGGCUGACUGAGGGGGAGGAGAGGUAGGGAGGACAGUGAGGGGAGGAAGGUAGGGAGAAGAGAGUCAGUGAGGGAAGGGGAGGAGAGGGUCAGUGAGGUAAGGAGUGGAAGGUAUGGAGAAGAGCUUUAGUGAGGUAAUGGGCAGAGAGAUAGGGAGAGAGACACUAACGGAAGGGGAGGAGAGGUAGGUAGAAAAGGGGAAUGGAGAUAAGGUUAGUGAGGACAGUGGAGGAGGGUAGGGAUAAGAGGCUCAGUUAGGGAAGGGGAGGAGGACAGUGAGGGAAUGGAAGAAGCAGUAGGUGGGAGGGUCAGUGAGGUGGGGAAGGGAGGCUCAGUGGAGGUGGAGGAGGGUAAGGAAAAGAGGGUAAUUGAAGGAAGGGGAGGAGGGGGUCAGUUGUUAUGAGAAGAGGGUCAAUGAGAAGAGUGGAGGAUAGGGAGGAGAUCAUUGAGGGGAGGAUGGUCAGGAGGAGAAAGUGAGGGAAGUGGAGGAGGGUAGAGAGGAGAGGGUUAGAGAGGGAAUGAGUUAUGGAUAGAGAGGGUCAGUGAGGGCAAGAUGGUAGGGAAUAGAGGGUCAGUGAGGGAAUGGGAUGGUCAUGAAUAGAAAGUCAGUGAGGGGAUUGGAGGAGAGGGUCUGAGUUAAGGGGAGGUCGGUGAGGGAAGAGGGUCAGAGAGGAGUGGAGACACGUCAGUGAGGAAGGGGAGGAGGUCAGAGAGAGAAGGGAAUGUGUAAGGAAGAGAGGGUCAGAGAUGGAAGCAAAGGGAAUAGGGAGGAGACAGUCAAUGAAGGAAGGGUAGGAUGGAAAGGAGGAGAGGAUCAGUGAGGGAAAUGGAGGAGGAUAAAGGAGGGGGUCAGUAAGUGUAGAGGGUUAGGGAGGAGAGGGUCAGUGAAGUGUGAGGACACGGUAGGAGGUGUAGGGUGCAGAGGGUCAGUGAGGGAAGGGACAGAGGGGUAGGGAGGAGAGGGUCCAUGAAGAAAAGGGUAGUGUGUAGGCAGCAGAAAAUCUGUGAUGGAAGGGGAAGAUGGUAGGGAGGUCAUUGAGUGAGGGAGGAGGGUCAGUGAAGGAAGGGGUGGAGAAUAGAGAGGAUGGUCAGUGAGGGUAGGGGAAUAGGGUGGAGAGGGUCUCUGAGGGAAGGGGAGAGGUGUAGGGCGGAGAUCGUCAGUGAGGGAAUGUGAGGAGGGUUAGAAAGGAGGGGGUCAGUGAGGUAAGGUGAGGGAAGGGGCGGAGAGAGUCGGUGAGGUAAGCUGAGAGAAGGGGAGGAGGUGUUAGGGUAGAGAGGGUCAGUGAGGGAAAGGGAGGUGGGGUAAGGAGGAGUGUGUCAGUGAGGGAAGGGCUGGAAGGUACAGAAGAGAGGGAAGGGGAGUAGUGAGGAGAGUGCCAGCGUGGGAAAGUGGAGGGGUAGGGAGGAGAGGGUCAAUGAGGGGAGGGGAGGAGGAUCAGGGAGCAGAAAGGACGGGCAAGGAGAGGACAACACGGAUGUGAGCGAGAGAAGGUGCAAGGGUCAGUGAGGGAAUGGGAUGGUCAUGAAUGGAAAGUCAGUGAGGGGAUUGGAGGAGAGGGUCUGAGUUAAGGGGAGGUCGGUGAGGGAAGAGGGUCAGAGAGGAGUGGAGACACGUCAGUGAGGAAGGGGCAGAGGUGGCGUGUGAUGCCUCGAGGGCAUCAGUGAGGACGCGGAUGACCGAGGAGGGCAGGUUCUGAUAUGCAGGAACUACAUGGGUGAUGUGGACAUGAAUGAGAUUGACUACUUCCUACCUGUGCUGACCCAGAAAGAGGAUGAAGGGACUAGCUCCCCAUUCCUCAUCCACGGACGAGUUCAUUUCCUCUGGAUAAGGCAUAAUAACUUGUACUUGGUAGCAAUGACAAAGAAAAAUGCAAAUGCAGCUCUGGUUUUUGCUUUUUUAUAUAAAAUUAUUCAGGUUUUCACAGAAUAUUUUAAAGAGGUUGAAGAAGAAAGUAUUCGAGAUAACUUUGUUAUCGUUUACGAACUUUUGGAUGAGGUGAUGGAUUUUGGAUUCCCACAGACUACUGAUAGUAAGAUACUACAGGAGUACAUCAUUCAACAGGGACACAAGUUGGAAAUUGGAGCACCACGUCCCCCUGCUACCCUAACAAACGCAGUGUCCUGGAGAUCGGAUGGUAUUAAAUACAGAAAGAAUGAAGUGUUCAUUGAUCUGAUUGAAUCUGUCAACUUACUGGUGAGUGCAAAUGGCAAUGUCCUGAAAAGUGAGAUUGUUGGAAAUGUAAAACUGAAGGUUAUACUCUCAGGAAUGCCAGAACUCCGGCUUGGACUCAAUGAUAAGGUCCUGUUCGAGAUCUCUGGAAGGGACAAGUCUAAAUCUGUGGAACUGGAGGAUGUAAAGUUUCAUCAGUGUGUGCGUCUAUCGCGCUUUGAAAAUGAUCGAACUAUAUCCUUCAUCCCUCCAGAUGGAGAAUUUGAACUCAUGUCCUACCGGUUAUAUACGCAGGUAAAGCCCUUGAUUUGGAUUGAGUCAGCAAUUGAGAAAUAUUCACAUAGCAGGGUGGAGAUUAUGAUAAAGGCAAAAAGUCAAUUUAAGCAUCGUUCUACUGCAAACAAUGUCGAGAUAUUUGUGCCGGUUCCUAGCGAUGCUGACUCACCAAAAUUCAAGACUAGUACCGGCAAUGCAAAAUGGCUGCCAGAGAAGAAUGUUGUUGUUUGGUCGAUCAAGUCUUUCCCUGGCGGUAAAGAGUACUUGAUGCGGGCGCACUUUGGUCUCCCAAGCGUUGAGGGAGAAGAGCAGGAGGGGAAGCCGCCCAUCACAAUCAAUUUUGAAAUUCCAUAUUUUACUGUCUCUGGAAUUCAGGUCCGCUAUUUGAAGAUCAUUGAGAAGAGCGGUUAUCAAGCUCUCCCUUGGGUCCGAUACAUUACCCAGAGCGGAGAUUAUCAAUUGCGUACCAACCAAUAGGAACACUGUUCUCCGAUGGAAUUCCCAAGUCCAAAGGACACAAUUUAGUAAAGAAGUGGAAAAUGGUGGUCCUAAAUCCAAGUCCACAAGGCUUCGGGAUCACUGUUACAUGGCAAAGCAUUGAAAGAGAGCUUGUACCAACCAAAUAGGAAAAAGCAGCUGUUACUGACAUAGCGUUUCUUUGUAGCAUUUGAAUGUGUGUUAGGUUACCAUUUCAUUAUUUAUCCUUCCUGGUUUUGCUGCUGCCUGGAUAUGGUCAAUUGAAGGCUAUGUCCUGGCUAAUUGCUGUUCUCUGCUGGGAUUUCUGUGUUACUUCAAACAUUCUGACAUGCUGCAAACAUUUUCAUCAGGCUGAUACAGAGGGGAAUCUGCUGGUAUUGACAUAGAAGGGUCCAGGAGGGAAGUGAAUGAGAUAUGGAUGAUGUUUCCUUUUACUGAAUCACAUCACAUAGUGGUUACUUUCCUGAACUAAAACCAGGGGUUAGACUAUUCUUCAAAUCUCACAAUGGCAGCUGGGGGAAUUUAAGUUAAAGUCAUUAAAAGAAUCUGGAAUUAAAAAUAGAUCUACAAUGAUUUAAACAAAGAAGGCGUCUGGUUAACUAAUAUCCUUCAGGGAAGAAAAUCUGCCACCCUGGUUCAUAUGUGACGCCUGAUACUAUAAUAUGGUUGACUCUUUAACUGCAGCCUCAGUUCAGGGGCAACUAGGGAUGGACAAUAAAUGCUGGCAUUACCAGCAACACCUGUAACUGAUGAAUUAAUAAAUGAACAGAGAUAAGUCUAACCCUUGCUCCUCUUUCCGUCCAUUCUCCCAAAGGAAGUCCCAAUUACAGGUUUCUCACCCCAGGCUCUUCACAUUGGCAUUAACACUUUGACUUGUGCACAUUGACACCAUUACAGUGCGUCUACUUCCCUAAAUUCUCUCCACGUCUCUUCACCUUGACUAAUUGUCUGAGGCUAAAUAAUUGGGACAUAGUUACAAAUACAAAGUGGAAAAGAAGUUGAAGGCAGUAGAAGGAAAGAGUUUUUCCUCCACUGCCUGGUGAUCUACAACUGUCUGAUCUGGUGCUCCUUCACUUGACAAAUCAUUUACCAUUUUAGAUCCAGCUAGAAAUCAUGAUGUCCUAUAUGCCAUCUUCCAUCAACUUAGCCCUCUUUCAAUUACCUAUCAAGGUAGUACGGAUGUUAUUUGUUACUGAGUUUUCUACUUGAAAAAAGUUUGGGAGCCCAAUUACUGUACUGUUUACUGUUGGGUUUAUGUUGCCCAUGCUGCCUGUGGCAGUUUGCAGGAGUAGGUUGAUUGUUUGUUUUCCUCGUCAAGGUGAAGAAUGGUGGAAGCCAGACAUUGAGCUUUCAGAAACCUUAGACUUCAGUGAAACUGUCACAGCUGUCAGUGACAAGUCCAUUACCCUGUCCUGUGAUGUCACUGUCAGGAAGACCAGGUCAAUAUGCGGCUUAGUCAGCAGUCCUUCAUGGGAGCAACCAGACCAGUAACUGAAAUAGUCUGCUUGUUAUCAUUCCCAUACCUGAAUGUGGAACCAGGAUGUGCAGGCUGCCUCUCCCAACCUAUGGGAAUGAUGGGGCUGAAGGCUCCUCUGUCUUAUGGUUUAACCCCACAUUAAAAAUCCAAGUGUUUAUCUCUAUGCCCUCCUUCACUUCUGCACCCUUUUCUUGUUACUCCCAAUCUCAUACCUGGAUGAAAACCUGAAGAUAAUUGACAAAGCUAAGGACUAAUUCUCUGAAGGUGUCUCUUUAGGCCAGCAAGAGCAUGAUGGGAUACAUGGUGUCCAGUUGUGUAAUAAAUGUUAAUGUUUUUAUUUAUUUAGAGAGACUAUGCAGGCCAGACCCUUACGGCGCAAUGAGCCACACCACCCAGCAACCCAUCAAUUUAACACUUGACAAUUUACAAUGACCAGUUAACCUACUGACCAGUACAUGUUUGGACUCUUGGAGGAAACCCGGAGGAAGUCCAAUGGUCACUGGGGAAGAACUUACAGACAGUGCUGGAAUUGUACUCCAAACUCCACAGUGCCCCGAGCUGUAAUAGCAUAGCACUAACCACUACACUAUCAUGGCACCAUUUUUAUGCAAGAAUAAGGUAGUUCAAAUACUUUCAGAUUAGUUUAGCAAUCAGCUGACACAAUGAUUGUGAGUUCGAUGCCUUCUGCAUUGUAAACCCCUGAACAUAUAACUCUAUAAAGCAUAGUAGCAGAAUUAGGCUAUUUGGCCCAUCGAGUCUGCUCUGCCAUUCCAAUAGUUGAUUAUUAUUUCUCUAAACCCCAUUCUUCUGCCUUCUCUCCAUAACUUCUGACUAAUCAACAAACUAUCAACCUUUGCUUUAAAUAUACCCAAUGAUUUGGCCUUCACAGCCCUCUGAGGCAAUGUAUUCCAACAAUUCACCACACUUUGGCUAAAGAAAUUCCUUCUCAUCUCUGUUCUAUAUUUUGGUAAAUGGGAGUUACUGUAACGAGGUUUGAUGGUUGGAAAAUAAUCAUUAGCGAAGAUCUGGAGCCUGGAGCCUAAAAACAAUGGUUGGAGUUUCCACUGUAAUAAUGCCUGGGUGCUUUGUUACCAAGGAUCCUUCUACUCUUUGCAAACAGUGAACUGCAUGGGAUGUGGUUGACUACAUUGCUUCAGUCCUUUAAAUAGCAUGUUAACCUGAUGUUGGCCCUUUCUCCAUAUUGUCUGACAUUGUGUCCAAGCUCCCUGACAGGUAUUCCAAAACACUGAACAGCUCUCCAGGCAAAGCUGCCAUCUUUUUAUAGCCUGGAGCUUGGGUGAAAUCAGCUGUCACUGAGGCAAGGCUGGAUAUGGCCAUACUCUCCUGAAUAUUAGUAAAAUGUUUGACAUGUUAAAAGUGGAGUUCAUGCUUCUCUGGGCAAAUAGUAUGAGGGACCAAGGUAUGUUGAUAUUAGCGGUCAGCCAUUUAGAACGAUCAUGAAGAGAAAAGGGAAUAAUGGUUUGGCAUGGACUAGAUGGGAUGAAGGGCCUGUUUGUGUGUUGUAGUGAUCUAUGGCUCUUUAAUCCCACCAACACAGGGUUUUGACCCAAAAUGUCACCCAUCCUUUUGCUUCCACAGAUACUGUGGGCCUGAUGUGUUUCUCCAGUAAUUUUUGUUUUUGCUACUGAUUCCAGCAUCUGCAGUCUCCUGUGCUUCCAAUGAUAUGAAGAAUUUCUAUCACCCAGAGGUUCUGUCACUGAGUAUAAUCAAGCUGGAGAUGAGUUUAAAAGAAUCAAUCAAAAUUAGGUGAAUGCAGGAAGGUAGUGCUGAGGUAAAAAAAAAAUCAGCCAUGAUCUUAUAAAAGUGAGUUAAAUUGAGAGGUGACUUGAUAGAAUUGUACCAGAUGACAAAAGGCAUACACUGAGUGGAUAGCCUGACUUUUUCCAAGGGUGAAAAUGGCUAAUAUGAGGCAGACUAAUUUUAAUAUGAUUCAAAGAGUAAUGGGGAAGUACCAGAUAUAAGUAUUUUGCCCUGAGAGUGGCGGGUUUGGGGAACGUGCUGCCAGGGGGAGUGAUGGAGGAAGAAACAUUACGGACAGUACGGAGACACUUAGAUAGGCUCAUGGACGAUAAAAAAAUGAAGAGCUAUGUGGGAAGGAAGUGUUAGAUUGAUCUUAGAGGAGGUUAAAAGAUCGGCACAACAUAUUGGGCUGGAGGGCCUGUACAAUGUUGUAAUGCCCUAUGUUCUUUAAGGAGAGUUGAAAGGGUUCAUGGUGUAAUUCUAUAUGUUUUUUUUUGUUGUCUGAAGGUAUGAGGCCUCAUUCUUUCAAUUCCAGGAAUACAAUCAUAGCUAAUAAUCAACUGAUGCCAGAAUGGACAAGCCCAAAUAUUGCCUAGUAACUUCCAUUGUGCAAGUACAGAAAUUUAAGAAUGUUCCAUGUUUUUCAAUGUUGAGUUGUUGGCUAAGAUACUGGAAUGGGGAAGCUUCUAAAAAAAAGUAGGGCCACCCAGACAAGAGCCUCUGAUUUCAGUGGGCAGGUACGCUCACUGGAACAUGUUGUCUAGCUAUUGGUUAAUAAAGCUGAGUGCUUGCUGAGAAAAAUCUGACCCUUCAUAUUCAGAAGCCCCCAGCAGGACUGCAACCUUGUGUAAUAUUAUCUAAUCAAUGAUUCAAGCAUGGAAGGAUUGAGACGAUUGAACUUCCUCGGGAGUAGAGUAAUGCAAAAUGUCACUGGGAGGUCAGAAACAAAUAGGUAGACUCUUUCAGAAUUAAUAGCUAUAAAACUAUUGCAGGUAUGGAGAAGUCUCCACUUGACUGGGUGGGGUGGAUCAAGGUUGGAAGUUCUGCUGUGUCCAAUCUUUAUGUGCAAUAAAUGACCACACUCAUCCAGAAUCCAGCUGCCCCUUCAGUUGGGCUUACUAUUCCAUGGUGUUGGUCUGAACCACACAAGCUGGAUCCCUGGUGUCAGGGCCACUGCCUAUUUCUGAAUAAAGGACUAACUUCAUUCAACAUACACAUUAACGUGUAUUAGAAAUUUGCUCUGUAAAGUUAGAGGUUAAUGUACAGAUAUGGAAUAAAAUGUGCAUAAAUACCAGCAUGUAUUUGCAAUAUAAACAUCAUUGUAAAACGUGGUUUAAAGUGUUUGCAGUGUAGUGCAGUAACUGACAUAAUAUAGGAGGGUGUGGGACUAACUGGAACGGUUGAUAAGAUCAGCUGUCGGGGGUAAAAAUCUUUAAGAUGGUGGGUUUUAAUAUCCGCACAGCACUUUCCAGCAGGAAGCUUCCAGAAAAGGGUAGGGUCCACAAUGAUUUUCCUUGCCCACUUCUUUGUCCUAGACACAAUAUAGUGGAAUCAACAUUAUAAAAGGGGUUAUCAGUCCGUUAGUGCACUGCUGUUGGUAGAAACAUCUUGUUCACAUUAGCAGCUGUGUUUUCCUACCUUGCAGCU